AUGAUUGGUCUGGGUUCGAUGCAUGGUGUUUGUGUAGGCGUGCCUCUCCCGCCAUGCUUUGGGCAACCAAAACUUGUAGCAACACGUAGGCGUGGCUCUCCCACCAUGCUCCGGGCAAUCAAAUGCUCUGCAAAAGUUGGAGUUUGUAGCUCUAGGCAACAAUUACUGGAAAAUAUAGACAAGGAGCUAACAAAAGGGGAUGAUAGAGCUGCUCUAGCACUUGUCAAGGAUUUACAAGGCAAUCCCAAUGGGCUUCGCUGUUUUGGCGCAGCCAGGCAGGUUCCUCAGAGGCUUUACACGUUGGAUGAAUUAAAGUUAAAUGGAAUAGAAACUGCCUCUCUUCUAUCACCAGUAGAUACAACUCUUGGUUCCAUUGAGAGAAACUUGCUUAUUGCUUCUAUUCUUGGAGCCUUUGCUGCUUGGAAUAUUCUUGGAAUUUCCCAACAACAAAUCUUCUAUAUAUCAUUGGGAUUGUUGUUUCUCUGGACUUUUGACUUGGUUUCUUUUGGUGGAGGUAUUGGUAGCUUGGUUGUUGAUACAAUUGGUCAUAACUUCAGUCAGAAAUAUCACAACAGAGUUAUUCAACAUGAAGCUGGCCAUUUUUUAAUUGCUUAUCUAGUUGGAAUACUUCCUAAAGGAUAUUCAGUUUCUAGUUUGGAUGCUCUGAAGAAGGAGGGUUCUCUCAAUAUUCAAGCAGGCACGGCGUUUGUGGAUUUCGAGUUUCUUGAAGAAGUUAACGCAGGGAAAGUAUCAGCUACCACAUUGAACAAGUUUUCAUGUAUAGCCCUGGCCGGGGUGUGCACCGAGUAUCUUAUAUACGGAUUUUCUGAAGGAGGUCUAGAUGACAUAAGAAAGUUAGAUUCUUUGCUCAAUGGGCUAGGCUUCACGCAGAAGAAGGCGGAUUCUCAAGUUAGAUGGUCUGUGCUAAACACGGUCUUACUCUUGCGUCGACAUGAAGUAGCUCGAGCUAAGCUUGCGGAGGCGAUGUCUGCGGGAAGUUCGGUAGGAUCUUGCAUUGAUAUUAUAGAGAGUUCUGUAGAUGUUUCAGAUCUAUAA